GGCGGCGCAGAGCGGCGGCGGCGGGCGGGCGGUGAGCAGGGGCUCCGCCGGCUCGGCGGGCAGCGGGCGCUCCGCCCUCGGUGCGCGGGGGCCUCCCCUCUCCGCGCCCGCGGAGCCCCGGCGCCCGCCUAUAUCUAGGGCCGCGGCGGCCGCCGCCGCCCCGCAAGGAUGUGAGGCGGGCGGGCAGCGCCGCCGCCCUGCGAUUGCCGCCCCGCGCCCCGAGGCCGUCGGCGCGGCGCCUGAGCCGCGGCUCCGCGGGCGAUGCUGCCCUGGAAGCGGAGCAAGGUGGAGCUGGUGGCGGGCGAGGCGCGGCGGCAGAGCAAGCCCAAGGGGUACGCGGUGAGCGUGCACUACUCGGCGCUCACCUCGCUGGCCCGCGCCUGCCCCGAGAGCGCCCUGCACCGCGUGGGCAGCAUGUUCCGCUCCAAGCGGCGGAAAUUCCGCGUGACCAGCGAGGACCCGACGUACACCGUGCUCUACCUGGGCAACGCCACCACCAUCCAGUCCAAGGGCGAGGGCUGCACCGACCUGGCCGUCUGCAAGAUCUGGAGCAAGAGCGAGGCGGGCCGGCAGGGCACCAAGAUGAAGCUGACCAUCAGCGCGCAGGGCAUCCGCAUGGCCCACGCCGAGGACAAGGGGCUGCGCCGGCCCGGCCACCUCUACCUGCUGCACCGGGUCACCUACUGCGUGGCGGACCCGCGCCUGCCGCGCGUCUUCGCCUGGAUCUACCGCCACGAGCUGAAGCACAAGGCGGUGAUGCUGCGCUGCCACGCCGUGCUGGUCUCCAAGCCCGAGAAGGCGAAGGCCAUGGCCCUGCUGCUCUACCAGACCUCGGCUACGGCGCUGGCGGAGUUCCGCCGGCUGAAGAAGCGGGACGACGCGCGGCACCAGCAGCAGCAGCUGGUGGGCGAGCAGAGCAUCCCGCUGGUGCCGCUGCGCAAGCUGCUCAACGGGCAGUGCUGCUAUAAGCCGCCGGUGGAGCGGAGCCGCAGCGCGCCCAAGCUGGGCUCCAUCACGGAGGACCUGCUGGGCGAGGAGCAGGAGGAGCGGGCCAUGCACUGCGACUGCGAGGACAUCCUGGAGGCGCUGGGCGAGCCUGAGGGCGCCGGUCGCGGGGACGGCCCGGAGCUGGGGCAGCUUCUCCGCGACCUGGGCGAGCUCAGCCUGGGCAACGACCUGCGCUCGCUGCGGGCUGACCUCGACGUCCGCCGGCUGCUCUCGGGCGAGAGCACGGGCAGCGAGUCUUCCCUGGAGAGCAACGGCCCCGACGGCGCCGCCCCGCCCUGCGACGGCGCCGAGCAACCGCCCCCCGGCGACCCCGACACGGGCUGAGCGCUCGGCGCCGGGGCUGCGCGGUGCCUGCCGUGGCGCACCGGAGCCCCUUUGAGCCCUGCGGAGCUGCGCGGGGCUGCACGGUCCCACCGGGUCCUCUCCGGGCGCUGCGCUGUCCCUUAGGGCGUGCACGGUCCUACGGGGGUACCCUUCCGGGGCUGCGCGGUCCCACCGUGGUGCACCGGGGUCCCCUCCGACCCUUCUGAGCGUGCACGGUCCCACCGGCUCCCCUCCGGGGCUGCGCGGUUCCCACCGCGGCGCACCGGGGUCCCUCCGACCCUUCUGGGUGUGCGCGGUCCUUUCGGGCUUGCAGCGUCCCACCGGGACCCCUCUGACCCCUCUGGGACCGCGUCGGUCCCACGCGGGGCCCCUCCGGGAGCCCGCAGCAUCCCUCGGAGCGGGAGGCGCCGCCGGCUGUUUACCUCCGGCUCAGCCCUUGAAGAUCUGCCAAAUUCCUGGAAUAGCUUUCCCCGGGAGGGCGGCGGGAGGGAGGUGUUUGCGCCUUGUUUACAGUCAGAAAUCUCACAUCCGAGAGGCCCCUCCGCCGGUUUCUCCAUUAAAGUCACUCCAUCGU